AUGGAUAUUCAGAAAAAUCUAAACAUGGACAAUCAGAUAAGCAUAAACAUGGAAAUUCAGAAAAGCAUAAAGAAAAAGGAGAAAAUUCCAAAAAAGUACAAGAAUUUUCCUGAUAAAAGAGGUUCCAAAAAAGGAGAUGAUGACAAGCAAAUAAAAUCACCAAAAAAUCUAAAGAGGAAAGCAAAUGAAGAGGAAAACAUUGCCAGUAAAAAGUCAAAGCACGAUGACAAAACUGAAAACUGUGACGAAAAGAAAGAUUCCAUAAAAAGACCUGAGACUAAAAUGAUAUCUGUUGAGGUAAAGAAGAAAGAAAAUAAAAAGGAAGAAAAACUGCAUGAACCAUCGAAGAAAUUGGAGGAAAGCUUAAACUGUUCUGUGGUUUUGGACACCGAUAAAGACAUUCAGUCUAAACUGCUGAAUUUACAGAAAAAUGCAGAGUCUGGAAAGAAAGACAUGAACAGUAGUGGACAUGAUUUAAAGAGAAGUGGAGACAUUUCUUAUUUUAAAAAUGUUGCAAAGAAACCCAAAAUUGGUCCAAAAUGCAUGAAAAGACAAGACAAAGAUGAAGUAAAAGAUCACAAAAAGUCUAAAUUUGUUAUUGACCAUAAAGCCAAAGUUUUGAAACUGAAUUUAUCAAGGUUGGAUAAAAAUCUGGAAGCAAAUGAGACUGAUAAAGAGAUUGACAAAGAAGUGACAAAAAAGUUAGAAAUUAUAAAUGAAAGGAGAAAGGAGAAAUCUCGUCCUAAACAUAAGGAAAAAUCUGAAAGUGAAAGUUCCAAAAAAGGAGAUGAUGACAAGCAAAUAAAAUCACCAAAAAAUCUAAAGAGGAAAGCAAAUGAAGAGGAAAACAUUGCCAGUAAAAAGUCAAAGCACGAUGACAAAACUGAAAACUGUGACGAAAAGAAAGAUUCCAUAAAAAGACCUGAGACUAAAAUGAUAUCUGUUGAGGUAAAGAAGAAAGAAAAUAAAAAGGAAGAAAAACUGCAUGAACCAUCGAAGAAAUUGGAGGAAAGCUUAAAAAAAGUAAAAGAAUGGAGGAAAGGAGAAUCAGUAGUUGUGCCGAUUGAUCCAUCCCAGAUCAAGACAGAACAUCCUGACAUCUUUGACAUUGACUCCUUGGUCCAUACUAUUAAUAGGAACUGUGAGAUUUGUCCAAGGAAGUUCAAUAGGUCGUACAGAGACAUUGAAACAGAAAUGAUUAUGACAGAAAUUACUGGAUCCCAGACUGGUUCCCCAGUUCAAAAAGAAACAGUUGUCAACAUUAAAAAGGAGCCUAAUAGUUCACCUAUCAAAGGUUUGAUGCAAAUGGCAAUGCAAAAAGGUUUAGAAGAUAGUGACCAGUGGGGCAAUUUCAGUGAAUUUGAUAUUGAUAGUGUUGUUAAUGUUGUCAAUAGAAGAGAUGAGGGGAGACAACUGGCAGAUUGUCAUGUAAAUAUUGUGAAAGUAGAAGACCAGGCGAGGCAACUGGCUGAUUGUCAUGUAAAUAUUGUGAAAAUAGAAGACCAAGGAAGACAACUUGAAGAUGGCAUUGUAAAUUUUGUGAAUAGAGAAAACCAUGGGAGAGAACUAGAAGAUAGUAAUAUCACUAUUGUGAAAGAAGAAAUACAGGGGAGGCAACUAGAGGAAGAGGCAUAUUUACAGAUGGAUGAUAUUGAAGCUCUUGUUCAUUAUACAAAUAGAAAAUCGCAUUCAGUCAGUCCUUCGAAGAACAAUGCUUCUCAACAGCCAUCAUUGUCAGCUUAA